AUCAAAUCAAGCCGCGCUAAUUUCUUCAUAAAGCCCACGCGGGGUGGUCAAUUUGUGUAAUCAUAUUCUUUUUUUUCAUUUUCAGAAGAAGAUAGCUGGAAUUAUAUUCUUCCCCACACAUCACAUAUUACAGUACUAAAAGGCUGUAAAACCCUUCCACUAUUAAAGCUAAAACAAAAGACAUCCCAUCAUCUCUUGUAUAAAAGUCCCUCUUUGCUUCUUCUACAUAAUUGUAGCUUGUGUGCUCGUCUUCUCUCUGCCUUGAAACGAGUGUUCACCGAAAAAAUGGCAAACGCAGCUUCAGGUAUGGCUGUGCACGAUGACUGCAAGCUGAGGUUCUUGGAGCUGAAGGCAAAAAGGACUCACCGAUUUAUUAUCUUUAAGAUAGAGGAGAAACAAAAGCAGGUCGUGGUUGAAAAAGUCGGUGAGCCAACUCAAACCUAUGACGAUUUUUGUGCUAAUCUUCCUGCUGAUGAAUGCCGAUAUGCUGUCUAUGAUUUCGACUUUGUGACAGCCGAGAAUUGCCAGAAAAGCAAGAUUUUCUUCAUUGCCUGGUCUCCUGAUACUUCAAGGAUCAGAAACAAGAUGAUUUAUGCUAGCUCAAAGGACAGGUUCAAGAGGGAGUUAGAUGGAAUUCAAGUUGAAUUGCAAGCAACUGAUCCAACUGAGAUGGGCCUCGAUGUUAUCAAGAGUCGUGCUAACUAAGUGAAAAUCUUUUACGCGUUUUGCUGCAGAUUUUCUCUAUGCAAUGACCUGAUUUACUUGAAAAGGGAAUGUGCCUAUAGUUUGUGGGGUUGUAAACUCGGGUUUGAGUGUUCACCGAGUACUUUGAUAUAUACUGCUUCUUAUAUUUUUGUCGGGAUAUGUGUACUUCAGAUAUUAUUAAUCGGGUGCAUCGAUUUUAUUCGGUUUUGUCCAUUGCAAAUGGAGCUG